AUGUCGAAGAAGAAGGCGGUGACGACGAUGACGCUCAAGGACUUCCACGGCGGCUCCAUCCCCUCCGAGCUCCCUCUCCCCUCCGCCCCUGGCGUCUCUGCACGACCGCCCGACCGCCCCACGGCCCCUCCGUCCGCCUCUUCGACUGCAUCCGCGCGCCCGCGCACUCCCGCUGCUUCCUCCGCAGCGGCGGCGGCUGCCGCUGUCCCUUCCUUCCUCACCAACCCCUCCCGCAUUGGCCGCCACUUCGAUGAGGACGAGCGCACGCCCUUCGAGCUGGCCGCGCCUCGCCGACCUGCGCCGUCGCCCCCGUCGUUCCCCUCCGUGCCGGCGGUGGCCCCUGCUAGAUCUGGACCGGGUAACGCCUGGGGUGCGAAGAGGGAGGUCGCUCCAGCCGCGCCGCCGGUUGUUCCUGCCGCCAGCAGCGGUCAGAUCUGGUCGGCGACGCGCAUCGCGCAGGCGAGCGCUGUGGAGAAGGUAAUCUCCGGUAGGUGGCAUUUGUCCAAGCCCUCCUCCCCGCCCGCCUCUGUGUCGGCACCAGUGCUGGAGACUCAGGUGGUCCCGCCUGAGAUGGAGAGGUCAGGGUUGGUUGGAACGAGAGGGUUUGACACUGCCAUCGAGAGGCCAAGGGCGUUGGCUGUGAGAGAGCUGGACGGUGCCAUGGAGAGGCCAAGGUCAGUUGGAUUAAGAGGGCUGGACGUUGCCAUGGACAAGGGGGUGGAACCAGUGAGGCCUUCAUCACAUGAAGGCAGGGUUGGGGAAGGGAAAAUCGGAGAGGUGCCAGAAAGGCCCAAGCUGAAGCUGCUUCCUCGUUCCAAGCCAAUCGAAUCCCCUGCACCAUCACCUACCUAUAUGGAAGAGAAGCAGGUCCUUCCGGUCCCUGUGAUAGCGAGUGUCAUGCAGGUUGAGGUUGUUCAUGAAGCGCGCCAGAAUGUGAUGGUCGCCAAAACGGGAGUGGCAGGGGCAGAUGCUGAAAGCAGGGCAACAGUGGAGCGACCACGGCUGAAUCUGAAACCUCGCUCUAAUGGAGUGGGUCAGUCUGGUGAAAGUGCUGCAAAGGAGAGGCCAUCCCUCUUUGGUGGUGCUCGCCCCCGGGAACAAGUUCUCAGAGAUCGUGGUGUGGAUGCUUUGGCAAGUGACCUCGAGAUCACCUCUCCAGUUGGCAGCGUGUCAUCUAGGUCCAAAAAUGAAUUUGCAAAGGUCGAGCAGAAGGUUGAAGGUAUGACCAUUAACCCUUCAGGCGAAAAGGCUGAGAGUUUUACAGUUGGUCACAGAGGCCCAAGGAAUGCUGAUAGGAAAGAUUACAGGCGGGAUACAGACAGGGCUGAUGCAUACAGGCCUACACGACGCGAUGAGAGCAGGAAGGUUGCUAGAGAUGUGGAAAAGCAGCCUGAACAACAACGCCCAGAGCCUGAAACCUGGCGUAAACCAGUGGAGCCACCAAAGCCUGAGGUUACUGCACCUCGGUUUGGGAAAGCAGCGACUGCCUUGGAGCUCGCCCAAGCCUUCUCCAAGUCCAUGUCUGAUACUGUGCCGCAGUCUCGCUUGACCAGUGUUCCUAGUCCAAGAGUUCCUCCGAGCCCAGGGGCUAGGGAUCAGGUUGGCUUUUCAAGGCUCACUAACAACGGGGCAUUGCACUCUGGAUCUUCACAGCGAAAGAUUAACGGUUACUGA